CGUCGUUCGGCUGUCGCUGUUGGGCGUCCAGCGUUGGCCCCAAUGGCGCCGUUUGGCCGUAUGGCCGUCUGGCCGGUCCGUCUGUUUGCUUCGCUGGCUUCUUGUGUUGAUGUUUUGCUCUGGCGCGUUUAAUGUCUCGUCUGCACUGAAAGCGUCAACUCCACGCAACAUUCGUACGCGCGCGACUCGAUGUCAAUCGGGCUCUAUAUACCGCCAUCACUAGUCGGCCUCGUCGCAGUCGCAGUCGCCGUCGUCGUUGUUGCGUUUUGUAUUGUGCUCAAGGCUGCAUGCAGCAGCAGCAGCAGCGCCAGCUUCCUGCUCGACACCUGAACCUGAAAGAGUGUCUGUAGCUAAAACAAAACAAAAGCCAAAAAAGAAAAAAAAUCGAAAAAAAAAAGAAAAUAACAACAAAUUGAAAUAGACAACAUUAGAGGAAUACAGGAAAUCCCUGCACGGACAUUUGCGGUGGUAACGCGUUCGUUUACAUUGAGUCGACCGUCAGGCUUAGGCUCUGGCUCUGGCUCUUUGGCCGUCAUCUUAAUGCCGCGCCACUCGACGCGUCGACGGCCGGCCAAAAGCGCGUAAAUAAACAAUAACAAUGCGUUAAUGUGCAUUCUGUUACGGUCCGGACUCGGCGGGUGGCAAAACGCGCUCUUCAUUGUUUAACUGGCAAUAACAGUAUCAACAAGCUAAAUAUAAUCUAACGCAAUAGAACAACAACAACAACAACAGAGCGACGUCAUGCAAGUUGACUUGGCGCAGCGCGCAGCUGCAAUGGCUUUGCCGUCAGCAGCAGCAGCAGCGGCGGCGGCGCCGGCGCCAAGGUGAACGUGCAGCUGAAGUUAUCGCAGCAGAGCGCAAAACAAAAAACAAAAAAUAGAGAGAGAGACAAAGCUGAAGCUGCGAAGAGAGCGAGAACGAAAGCGACAAACAACGGUGUCAAAGCAAUGCGCUGAGUUCAGCUGCGCCGCUGCAGUUGCAUUCGAGUUUCAGCAGCGCAACGGGGCAGACGUUGACCACAGCGGGCGGCAGAGUGCGAAAGCGAAUCGAGAGCCGAACUCAGGGCACAGACGAGCCGAAGCCGAAGCCGACUGACCACAGGCGACGGCGGGGCUAAAGUGCAAAAGACAAAGACUACAAAAUUAAAGCAAAUGCAAAACUGCAAAAGCAACAACAAGAAACUCUAACUGUAUUUGAAUUGAGCAACAAAUAGUAGUAGUAGUAAUAUAUGUAUAUGUGCGCUCUCGUCAGCGAUAACAAUCGAUCAACGAUAACUCUGCCCGAUAACUGAGCCAACAAGUGUGCGUACAAAAUGUGCAGCCGAAAAUGUUUUCGCAUGCCCACAUUAGUCAUCUGCGGCGUCUUGCUGACCAUCGUGCUGGUCUGCAUCACGGGCAUCACGCUAACCAACAGCAUCAACAUAUCGAAUAUCGUGAAGCUGCGCGAAAAGGUCGCCAGCGACUCGGCGGCGGCCAAUGGCGGCCAUCAGGCGGCCCAAACGCGCGCCGCCCUCGUCGAGCAGCAGUACUCGACGCUCCAACAGCAUCAUCUAUCCAAGAGCGAUCUCAAUUAUAUAUCAGCGGCAACGCAUCCCAGAAACUUGCAACGGCUGCUGGGCACUGCUCAGCCGCAGUCCGUGCAGCAGCAGCAGCAUCAGCAGGCAGCGCAGCCCAAUAAAAUUGUUAUCGAAAUUGGAUUACGGAGCAGCAACAGCAACAGCAACAGCAACAGCAACAGCAACACUGACAGCAGCAACAGCAGCAGCAACUCCAACUCGAUUGGCGCCAUUAAUCUAAUGCCGAUGCCGCACAUGCUGCAAGCGGCGGAUGCGCUAAUGGAGGGCAAUGUUGAUUCCAUCUCGCUGCCAGCAGCAGCGCCAGCUACAACGCAAACACCACCUACGACAACAACAACAACAACAGCAACAACAACAACAGCAGCAGCAACAACUGCUGCAACAACAACAACUACAGCAGCAGCAGCAGAGCAGGUCUUAGACAUUGUCGAUCAUAAUCCGGCGGGCAUUCAAUUCGAGCGUCGCGCACAUGUCAAACAGGUAAAUUAAAGGUCCGGCACGUCUCACCUACAACUCCGGAAAGAUUUAUUAUCUAGUAGCUUUCACUGCGUAUUGCUGGAGA